AUGAAUGGACUGGCCAAGCAGCAGAACAACUUGAUAGCCAAAAUUCCGAAACACAAUUUUUCUCGAAAACGAAGAGGCAUCGAGCUGGAGCAGUCGGUCUCGGAAGACUCCUGGGAAUUGAAGGACAACGGAACGCUCCUAAUUCCGCUCGGCGCUCAGCCUGGCGAUUAUAAAUGUGCCGUCGCCUACAGCACCAGCCCGAGAAAUGCUCGUCAAAUCCGGCCGACCCUGUCGAGGAUGUCGACAGCUCCGGAGUUCACCUUCAAGCCGAAGGACUCGAGUUAUCGUGAGGGGACACCGGUCAAACUGCAUUGCGAGGUGACAGGAGAGCCACGCCCGUCCAUUGCCUGGCUUCGUAACCGUCAGCCGCUAGUGUCUUCCAGAAAGUUCGAAAUGACGCAAGCUAAUUCUGUGCUCAAAAUCUACCCGUUCUUGGAGGCCGACGCUGGAACUUAUACUUGUAUUGCCGAAAACAUCCAUGGUCGUAUCGAACACACAGCACGAAUCCAUCUGAUUAGCAGCGUUCCUCCCGCCAUUUUUGACCCGCCACAAGCCACUUCAGUCGAACCAGGAGAACAGGUCACAUUCCGGUGCCGGGCCCGAGGCGUCCCGAAGCCCGACAUCUCGUGGUUUUUCGAAGGGGCCGAGAUGCCGCUGAAGCAGGGAAGAUAUCAGACCUCCGACGACCGGACCGAGAUGACCAUCUCGCACGUCUCACGUCAGGAUGAGGGUGUCUAUUCCUGCAUGGCCGGAAAUAGUGUCGGCGCCAUGAUGGCCGAGGCGCGGCUGAGCGUCAAGGGCAAAUUGCAGGUUGAGGUAGACAAGGUAGUUGACGACGCGCUUCUGAAAAAUAUCGUCCAGCAGGCCACGGAAAAUGUGAAUCGCGCCAUCGCCAACACGAAGACGCAAUUGGCGCGCGAUGGAGUGAGAAGCACCUCGGAUUUGAAGCGGCUGAUGAAGUUCGCCAUCCCGAAACAGGCCGUCGAACUCAGCAAAUCGCGUGAAAUCUACGAGGAGUCGAUUCGUCUCGUGCAGAGCCACGUCGAGAGAGGCCUAAUGCUACCCGUCGGCGACCUGCAUCCGAAGAACGUCUCCUACGAGUCGGUGCUGGCCGUGUCUCACGUGCAGACCAUCAUGGAGCUGUCCGGGUGCCAGGCCGGAAUUUUUAGGAAUCCCUGCACCGACAUGUGCUUCCAUAAUAAAUAUCGCUCCUACGACGGCCAAUGCAACAACCUCGACCACCCGAUGUGGGGCGUUUCGCAGAUGCCGUUGAAGCGCCUGCUCGCCCCGGUCUACGAGAACGGCUUCAACACGCCGGUCGGCUGGGAGAAGAACAAGCUGUACAACGGGUUCCCCAUGCCCAAUCCUAGAGAUGUAUCACGGCAACUGAUCGCUACACAUGACAUUACCCCGCACGGCCAUCUUUCAUCUAUGGUGAUGCAAUGGGGACAGUUUGUUGACCACGACCUGACGCACACGGCCCCGCCGCUCACGAGAAAUGCCUACACGACGGGCGCCGUCUGCAACAGAACCUGCGAAAACCUGGAGCCAUGCUUCAACAUCCAGCUGCCGAAGGACGACCCGAAGCUCAAGAUGGGAAGAGAAGUGAAACACCCGUGCAUCGAAUUCGAGCGCUCGGGAGCCGUUUGCGGAUCCGGAGAAACGUCACUAAUCUUCGAUCGGGUCACCUAUCGCGAGCAGCUGAAUAUUCUAACCUCCUAUCUGGACGGCUCGGUGGUGUACGGCUCGACGGAGGUGCAGGCGUUGGAGUUGCGCGACCUUUUUGGGGACCACGGAUUGUUAAGAUUCGACAUCGUCUCGGCCGCCCAAAAGCCGUAUAUGCCAUUUGAGAAGGACUCGGAUAUGGACUGCCGGAGGAACUAUUCCGUCGACAAUCCGAUCCGAUGCUUUUUGGCUGGGGAUUUGAGGGCAAACGAGCAGCUGGGCCUCACCUCGCUGCACACAAUCUUCAUGCGCGAGCACAACCGCGUCGCCGCCGAGCUGCUGGAGAUGAACGUCAACUGGGACGGGGAGACCAUUUUCCAGGAAACCCGGAAGCUGAUCAGCGCCAUGAUCCAGCACAUCACCUACAGCCAGUGGCUGCCCACCGUCCUCGGCAAGACCGGUUUCGCCGAGCUGAUUGGAGACUACAUGGGCUACGAUCCCACCGUCGACCCAUCCAUCGCAAAUGCCUUUGCCACGGCUGCAUUCAGAUUUGGCCAUACGCUAAUUAAUCCGGUGCUUAAAAGACUUGGAAAAGACUUCAAUCCAAUCCCACAGGGCCAUAUUCCACUACACGAGGCGUUUUUCGCGCCAGAGCGCCUGUUGUCUGAAGGAGGCAUUGACCCACUUUUGCGUGGUCUCUUCGCCUCCCCGCUCAAACUGCCAAAGAGCAACCAGGUGAUGAACAUGGAGCUGACCGAGAAACUUUUCCCCCGCGCCCAUGAGGUCUCCCUCGACCUGGCGGUGAUGAACAUACAGCGGGCCCGAGAUCACGGACUGCCAAGCUGGACGGAGUACCGUAAAUGGUGCAAACUGUCGGUACCGACCACGUGGGAGGAGAUGGCUACCGAAGUACCUGAUGCCGAUGUCCGGAAUAAGCUGCGGACGCUCUAUGGCCAUCCUGGAAACAUUGAUUUGUGGGUGGGCUCUGUGGUGGAGACGAGGAUGCCGGAUGGACUUGUCGGUCCCACGUUCGCCUGCCUCAUCGCCGAUCAGUUCAAGCGCCUCCGCGCCGGCGACCGACAUUGGUACGAGAACGAGGGCGUCUUCAGCAAGGCGCAACUCCAGCAAAUCAGGAAAACCUCGCUCGCCCGGAUGUUCUGCGACAAUGGCGAUGAUAUCGAUCGGGUUCAGCGCGACGUCUUCUUCUACCCGGGCAACUCGACGCUGUUGUACGAAAAGUGCUCAAUGAUCCCGGAGAUAAACCUGAACAUGUGGCAAGCGUGCUGUGAGGGAACUUGCUCGAUGAACCAGGAUUCUCAAUUCACUGGAAACUCGCGCAAACGCCGCUCAAAGCGCACCUGCCAACUCGAUGACGGCAAGGUGAAGCAGGAGGGUGAAUCGUGGAAGAUGGAAGAGUGCACGACGUGCCAGUGUCAG